CCCCUCCCCAUCUCUCUGUCACACACACACACACACCCACACCCACCCACACACACACACGCACAAUAUAACCGCCUGCCUUACUUUUUCUCGUAUACCUAUUGCUAGGGUUUCCUCGCGAUUGAGGAUAUUCGCGAUCGCCCCUUCUGCCUCUCUCGUCUCCGUUUCCGUCUCAUCCUACGAUUCAGGGUUUUGAAUUGAAGUGGAGCUUUAUUUUGAAUCUGGGUUGUUUGUUCGAGGUAAUGUUACUGUUGAAUGGCGAUUGAAAAGAAUAGCUUUAAGGUAGCACGUUUUGACCUGGAGUUUCAAUCCCCUCACAGUAGGGAUACACAUACAACUAUGUCUAGCGAUGACGAUGCAGAUUUUCAGCGGAAUCCUGGUGCUCCUGCUGUUGAAUCUGAUGAUGAUGAUGAAUUUGAUGAUUGUGAUUCCGGAGCAGGUUCAGAUGACUUUGAUUUGUUGGAAUUGGGUGAAUCUGGCGAGGAGUUUUGCCAGGUUGGCGAUCAAACAUGUAGCAUUCCUUAUGAACUGUAUGAUCUCCCAGGGUUGAAAGAUGUGCUCUCCAUGGAGGUUUGGAAUGAGACUUUAACCGAAGAGGAAAGAUUUGGUCUUUCCAAGUAUCUGCCUGAUAUGGACCAAGAAAACUUCAUGUGUACGCUCAAAGAACUUUUUUCUGGUGAUAAUUUGCAUUUUGGGAGCCCCAUUAAUAAGUUGUUUGCGAUGUUGAAGGGAGGAUUAUGUGAGCCAAGGGUGGCACUCUACAAAAAGGGUUUGAAUUUUUUUCAGAGAAAACAGCACUAUCAUACCUUGCAGAUGCAUCAUAACAGUUUAGUAAACAAUAUUUGCCAGAUUAGAGAUGCAUGGAUGAAUUGCAGGGGGUACAGUAUUGAGGAGAAGCUUCGUGUAUUGAACAUUAUGAGGAGUCAGAAGAGUUUGAUGAAUGAAAACAUGGAAGAGUUUCAAAGCGAUUCAUCUGAUAGGGAAGAGUCUGCUGAUGGUUUGUGGGACAAAAGGCUGAAGGAUUCAAAACUUGUUCAGAAGACAGGUCGCCAUUCAGUGCACAGCAUGGGUCCAGCAUCAGAUAUUUCUUCUCGAACCCGGAAAACCAAAAGCAACAUGGAAUCAGCCAAGUUUGAAAAACGAUUUCCUAGAGGAACUCUGAAUCUGGGUGGAUCUAAAACCACUCCAGGGAGAGAGUUGGCAGAACCUUUUUCUUCAACUCAUCUUGGACGCUAUGGUUUGGGACUUCCUGACUCUCAUUAUAAUAUAGAUUCAGGACGUGACCCUUCUGCUGCUGUUGGGAAGAAUGAGCAGGUUCCCGAGUAUGAUGAUGAGGAAGACACAAUGGUUGAAGUGGCAGUCCAUAGGGAUCGGAAUUUACGUCGAGUUGGGGUGAAUGAUAAGUCUCUAGCUUCUAAAUGGAAGAAACAUGAAGACCCAAGAGUUGAAGAGGACAAAGAUAGUUUUAUGCAAAGUCAUUUGUCAGGGAGGAACAAUUUACAUGCUCUUGGGAGGAAUAGGGCUAUCAACAAGUUGUCUGAUAUCAAGGUCUUAACUGCAAAGCCUUCUAAUGCUAGAAACAUGUAUGACAGUCGAAAAAAGGUUAAGUACUCAGAAAAUCACCAGCUAUUUACUGCUGAAAAUCAGAUGAAACUUGGUAAGGGUCAGAAGUUGCAUUCAUCUUUAAAAGGAACUCAAAUGGAACUUUUAGAUGCAAAUGAUCCUGCGUGGCUUAAACAUGAGGGGAUUUUCCCCACCACUGAUUCGAACACCAGAAACAAGAAGUGGAAGAUGACUAGGGAAGGCAUUGAUCUUAACGCGAAUGAUAAAUUUUUGCCCACUGAAUAUAGAGCCAGGCCUUUGAAGGAUAAGUUCCGGGGAAGUUCUCAGAAUGGAAAAAGAGACAGUGUUGGAAACAGAGUUGGGUUGUUUUCCAAAGGUGAAGACACAGAAUCAGAUUCAUCUGAACCUAUGGAUGAGGAUGAGGAUGAGGAUGAGGAUGAGGAUGAUGACAAUCCGUUGAUGAGGAGCAAGUGGGCUUACCCCGGUGGUGUGCCAGAGCUGAGACUUGGCUCAGAUGCAAAGAAGUCCCAAUUUUCGGAGAGAGAUGAGAAAGAAAGUUAUCCAAUGGGUGAUGGAUCAUCACAUUCUCGAAUGAUGCAGGAUUAUAGCCACACCCUAGAUAUGAUGAGAUCAGAACAGAAGGGUAAGAUGCAUGAUGUUGCCCACUUUAAUAUGUUGCCCAAAGGUUUGGAUAAAAACUAUUAUCCAGGAGGGAUUGGCACUGAGGAACAGCAUCAGAUCCACCCAUUGGGAAGGAAUGGCCAUGUAGAAGGGACCCAUGGUGAUAAUUUCCAAGCGCCAUUGAAAUCCUCUCUUGUACUGGGUAGAAGGCGGAAAGGUGAAGUUCCUCAUGAUUUCAGCCAUCUUCAAUCUAACUAUAUGCAAGGCCAUCAGUUUGAAAAUGAUUUAUUCUGGACUCGACCACCAGGAGCAUCUAAUGGGCUACCUUUCAAAUUGGGGAAGAAAGGCCACUUGGUUGACUUGUCUGCUAGUCAUCAUCCUGAAAGAUCAGAUAUAGCAUUGCUAGGCUGCAAUGCUCUCUCGAAAAAGCGGAAAGUAAAGGACGACCUGACUUACCUGGAACUGCAAGAAAAUAAUCACUUCCUUCAUGCUGAUGCUGAGCCGCAGUUAGAUGAUGUCAGUUCUUCAAGGAAACGGGGUAAACACAAAUUAGAGGAGGCAUCUGAUAAUCUAGAGAAUGGAGUUCCUCAGCCUCCUGGUAUGGAAAUGGAAGUAGAAGAUAUUGAGGCAGAAACUAAACGGCCCAAAAAGUCAUUUCCCUUGAUCACGCCUACAGUUCACAAUGGCUUCUCAUUCUCUAUAAUUCAUCUUCUUUCGGCCGUUCGUAUGGCUAUGGUUACGCUGUUUCCUGAAGAUUCUUCCGAAACUGGAAAACACCCUGAUAAGACUGAUGCUGAACAGGGGGUCAAGGAAGAGCAGAGCAGCAAGCAAGAAGAUGCUAUUGCUAAUUCAAAUCCAAGCAUGGGCGUUGACUCUUCUAUGCCAUUAUCCCUGGCAAAUGUUCCUUUCCUCACUGUUCAGGAAAUUGUCAACCGUGUUAAAUCAAAUCCUGGCGAUCCCUGUAUUCUUGAGACACAAGAGCCACUUCAGGAUUUAAUUAGAGGCGUCCUGAAAAUUUUCUCAUCCAGGACUGCUCCUCUAGGAGCUAAAGGGUGGAAACCACUUGUUGUGUAUCAAAAGUCUACAAAAAGUUGGUCAUGGACUGGCCCUGUAUCUCAUAACUCGUCUGAUUCUGAGGCAGUUGAAGAGGUGACAUCUCCAGAUGCAUGGGGCCUCCCUCACAAAAUGCUUGUCAAAGUAGUUGACUCAUUUGCUAAUUGGCUAAAAAAUAGUCAGGAGACACUGCAACAAAUUGGCAGUCUUCCUGACCCUCCUUUGACACUGAUGCAAAUGAAUUUGGAUGAGAAAGAAAGGUUCAAGGACCUUAGAGCUCAGAAGAGUCUGAAUACCAUUGGUCCUAGCUCUGAAGAAGUAAAAGCUUAUUUCCAGAAGGAAGAAGUCCUUAGGUAUCUAAUACCAGACAGGGCUUUCUUGUACACAGCUGUUGAUGGAAAAAAAUCAAUUGUUGCACCUUUGAGGAGGUGUGGUGGCAAACCUACGUCAAAGGCCCGGGAUCAUUUUAUGUUAAAGCGUGACAGACCACCACAUGUCACAAUCCUUUGUCUGGUGAGAGAUGCUGCAGCUAGAUUGCCUGGAAGUAUUGGGACGCGAGCAGAUGUAUGUACAUUAAUUAGAGACUCGCAAUAUAUUGUGGACGAUGUGUCUGAUGCACAGGUCAAUCAGGUAGUUAGUGGAGCACUGGAUCGACUGCAUUACGAGCGUGAUCCUUGUGUCCAGUUUGACGGAGAGAGAAAAUUGUGGGUUUACUUGCAUAGAGACAGAGAAGAAGAAGAUUUUGAGGAUGAUGGGACUUCAUCCACGAAGAAAUGGAGAAGACAGAAGAAAGAAGCUGUUGAACCAUCUGAACCUGGAAAUGGGCAACCAGGGUUUGAUUCGGUAUCUGAUCUUAAUGCGGACACAUUAUGCUUGGAUGAUGAUAAGAGAUCUGAGCUGGAAUAUCAAAAUGGUAAUGAUCAGGUGGAGGACAAUGCUGAAAUCAGCCAUGGUUCUGAUCCUGGUCCAGCACCAGGGAUGUGGAAUGGCCUUGGUCAGAAAUCUGCUGAAGAAACUAAGUUAAUCUGCCAAGAGAAUUCGACUAAUGAAGAAUUUGAUGAGGAAGCAUUUGGUGGGGAGCCACCAGCAUGAUUGUUGAACAUAAAACCUUCAUCGUUAGCAAAAAAAAAGCCAAUUGUUGCAUUACAGAGAUCGAUCCCCCUAAGCUGUUUUGCAGAAUUUCUUCUUUGUUGGAGACGAUGAAAGUGGUGGUGCUACUGCUAGCGGAUGUCAUGAUUCAUGAAUGUCAUUUUGGUAUAUUGAUUUCUUCAAGUCCAUGUACAUAUAUCCAUAAUUCCAUUCCCCUCUACUUGGCCGUAUAAAAUUUUUUAUUUCAAGAGUUGUCCAUUUUUAACAGGGGGUAUGAUAAGGCUGAAUAGAUAGAUUAUAGCCAAUCUAUCAUUUGUGUUGAUGGAUUGAUUAAUUUUUUUAGUUUUUAUCAACCUAAUCUUUCAAACACUCAGGAUACAUAUUAUAUCUAUCUAUCCAUCUAUUAUUAUCCUAA